AGCUGCAGCCGCUGCACCUGUCGUCUCGUCGUAUCGCGACAAACUACGCUCGUCGUCCGCUCGGCUGAUCUUCUCUUUGGCUCCCGAUCGUGGAUCCGAUCGACAUCGAUACCCCAUGGAUACCGUGUUCGCGGCUCCGAUUUCCCUCGACCCGAAACAGACUCCGUCACUUCUGGAUAAUCGCCGAUGAGUUCAGUGGAAUACGCGUUCGAUCGGUAAAAUAGCCACGGGAUUUUUCUUCACGUGCUCCGUUUUCGCCCGGAACGGCUUGUGCUCCAGUGUUUCUCGGUUACCUUCUCGCUCUGGCACGAGGUGAUAGAAGAAAGAGAGGACCCCGUAUAAAAGUGAAAACUUGUUUCUCCGGUGUUCGUGGUUCGGGCCCCGUUUGGAUAUUUCGGACUACCAGGAAUUCGUCCUCGGAUCUGGACUCGAACGCUGCCGAGACAAAACCGGCUGCGAAGGGGUUAACGAACUGGGGACCGCAAAGUGAGAAGAACCCGUGAUGCGACCGCCACCGAGUCGUCGGAAUCGUUAGCAGAGGGCCGCGAAAAAUGGCCUCGAUCUUGGGAGACGGAACAGGCCCCGGAGGCUCGGGACCGUCCCGAUGCCUCUUGCUUCUACAAAGGUCCCUGGCGAUUCAGUUGACCAGAGGUCCGCCUCCUCAGGUUCUGAACGCCAGCCAACGGGAGAGUCCCAAAGAGCAUCCAGCCGACGAGAUGUGGAUGUACGAUAAAGGCUACAAUUUGUUUCAGGGCUUUUUGGAGGCAAACUCCAAAUGCUGGUGGAACGCAGCCUUGGUGGACGCAACCCGGCAAUUAAGGUACAAGGGUCACGUAGCACCUGGCGUGUUGAUGGUCGGUGGACCACCCUGUGCCCUCGAGGUCUUGAGGGCAGCCUGGGCUCGAAAUGUCCUGCGACCACCAGCCGAUCAUGCGAUCACCUGUCUUGGCGAUAUCGAGGAUUGUCUAGUAGCCCCGGUAGCCCAAGGUCAAUUCACGCCCCUACCGGAAGCUCUCUGCUGGGCCAUUCUCGAGUUAACUUCACAAAGGCAGGCCGCCACAUUGGACACUCUAAGAUCCGCUUUAAGAAACGCUUUUCCUGCGAUGCAGAGACCCAGUCGCGAGCUAGUAUACGAUGCCCUCGCGAAACUCAUGCAAGAACGCAAGAUCUAUCACACGUCACAGGGAUAUUUUGUCGUGACACCCGAGACCAGGAGGCUUAGACGCGAUUCCAGUAAUUCCAGGAGAUGCUCCAGGGAGGUUAGCGGAUCCAGAAGUCAGGGGAGCAUGCUCAUGUCCAACGACGAGGCUAUGGCGCUCGUGCAUGGGGAAAUGCUCACCCUUAGGGAUGGCGACGUGACGCAUCAAGCUGUGCAAACGAAUCUGGCGGAUGUGAUAUGUGGAGGUAAUCCAAACGACAAGGUUCUGUUCGCAAGAUGUCGAUCGAUGCCGGGCCGCCUCGAGAGGCGACACUCUCUACGACUUUGGGGAUCCGCAAGACGUUUACACCGAAGCGGAAGUUCGCGGUCUUUGCCACGAAGGCCGGAAAGAAGCGACACCUCCUCGAGCGCGGAAUACGCGAGCACCGACAGCGCACCCCAUAGCCCAACCAGUUUCUCCGGGAUUUUUUCAGAGAAGAUAGGUCUACUCUCCAGGCUGUUCCGACGCAGCACAAGGAGGAAGGGCGCACCGUUGAUGGGCACCUUCAGCGCACAGUAUCCUCCUACCGAGUGGUUCAAUCCUCGCGUCGUUCAUUUGCACAGCGUGGCCACGCAAACGAGAGCUGCCAGCCCGUCGAUGAUGGAGGGUCUAGAUCAGUCACAGGCCAGUUUUCAAGUAUGGGACGACUCGAGUUCCGUGCGAUCAGCCACGUUGCCCAGGCGACAUCGACGUCAAGCCAGUGGCGACUCCUCCAGUUUAUUGGCCAACUCGACGCCGAGGAGUUCCAGACGACACCGAUCACCGUGCUCGACGCUGCCCAGGUCGAAAUGCUCCAGCCUGAGUAGAUGCACCUCCAGGGCCAGUGUGCUGCCUCCGAGCGCAAACCAGGAAUCCUAUCAGAGCCGCAAUCAAACGCAGAACGGUAAAAACUCGACAAACUCCUCGCCCAGUCGAAGCGGCGGCAGUUCAGGUUCCGUUCGAACGGCGAACGCCAGUCCCGCCAAAACUGCAACCCUAGGGAGAUCCAGUACACGACAGUCGAACUCCAGGAGACCCAGUCACGAUUCGACGGGCAGCGGCAUGAAGACGAACGGAUCACCUCAGCAUAAGGUUCUGCAAAAAACAUCGUCCGGGCAUUCGUCCCACUCCAGCGGAAAGUCGAUCUCCAGCGGUAAACUAUCCUCGUCGCCGUUGAAGACGUCCACGCUUCCUGCCAAAUCGUCCCCGUUGAAGGUCGUCCAGCAAGGAUCCCUAACGCCGUUGCAGGAAGCGCAGAACUCGAUAACCCUCCAGGUGUCGACGAAUCUGACCCCGGUGAGUCCGUCCCAGGAUCAACGCGCGAUUCAGAACAGCGUGACACUGGCCUCGAACGCAACCAGCACGACCACUAUAUCCGGUUCACCGGGCACGAAGAUCUACGUGCAGCAGAAUAACUCUCCCAUGAGAUCGGUGAUCACGUUCGAGAACGGCACGGUGAAGACGAAGCUGGCGGACAAGGAGACGCUCGACUGCAAGGAGAAGCAGGAACGAGAACUGAUCGGCGAGAAAAUCUACAAGAGCAAGAUGGACGACGAGAAGCUGUUCAAGUCGAAGCUCGACGACGAGAAGCUGAACAAAUCGAGCAAACUCGAGCGGCCGUCCUCGUUGUACGCCUCCAAAGAAUCGAAGCCCAGCCACCUGUUGUCCGAAUCGGACAAGGAGAACAAACCGAAGGUCGAGGAGGAGAUUUCGAAUAAACUGAAGCUGACUAAUCGUCUGAACAACAGCCAGGCACACCUGAUCGACGGAUCCACCAACAACAUCGACAAGAACUCUCUGGUGAACGAGCACCCUACCUCCGCUCUGUCCACCAUGAAGAACACCAACGACGCCAUGAAUAAUUCACGGAAAUUGAGCCUGUCCUUGUCCAAAGACGCUCUCAGCUACAGGAAUCUCCUGCGUCCGGACUCGAAGAACAACAUCGCGUCGAAUCCACCGUCGCCCACCAAAUCCUUCGACGGGUUCGGUGGCUCCUUCAACAACGUCUACAUCGAGAACCUAGAGAGCGCGAAACAGAGGGCACCGCAAGGCUCCGAACCGAAUCUCGAGAAGACGGUCAGUCGAGGCGAUCUGUACUCGUAUCCGAGUCUCAGCGACAUGCAGGUGCAGUUCACCAGCUUGGCCGCUCAGAAGAUCCUCAAGGGAUGCCCUAUCAACAGCGUGGACACCUUGGUUGAAGUCAACAUGGCUGCCGCGGAGAAACCGAACAACUGCGACGUUACUGUUCAUACCGACUUUGGGCUCGUUUAAAGUUUUUCUUCAAUUUUUUUUCGUUUGCUGAAGGAUGGUGAAGAUCGAACUUUUAACACCAGUUUCCCGGUGGAAUUUAUGUAUGAUUAUGGAGUGGGAGAUAUGGAAGCUUGAUGAAAUAUAGCGUGGUUGUAAAGAUUGAUAUGUGACGAGAUCUUUGGUGAGGGUGAAGUUUGAAUUGGUUAGGGAUAAUCUGGGUAAUAGUCUGGCUAUUUGUUUACUGUUUUAAAAGGGGGUUAAAGGCAAUCUGAAAUACGUAUGAACUUGAGUGCUACUACUUCAAGCGAUAUCUUCAUUUCAUGAUUUAAUUUGCGAGCUCACUGUAUCUCGCAGACUUCUUAUCUUACAAAAGUAGAAUGGUUAUAAAUGAUGAGCUAUAAUUUAACAUAGCUUGUGAAAUCUACGGCGUCUGUAACUACAAAUUGUCCCAAUGGUCUACGAUCAAAAUGUGUUAGAACACUCGUUUCCAACAGAUCAAAUUUACGACCACGCUAUAUCUCAACGAGAACCACACGUGUAAAACGAAAGAACGCGCUGUACUGCUUAAGCAUAUAGAGAGCAUUGUAACAGUUACCAAUAAAUAAAAAAUUUGUUAUGUUCUCACGUACAUGGUACGGUCA